GAUGUCAUUAUGCAGCACUAUGGGGUGAACGGCUACUCGCUGCAUGCUAUGAACUCACUCAGCGCCAUGUACAACCUGCACCAGCAGGCAGCCCAGCAAGCCCAGCAUGCCCCGGACUACCGGCCAUCGGUGCACGCUCUUACACUGGCUGAGCGCCUGGCUGACAUCAUCUUGGAGGCCCGCUAUGGCUCCCAGCACCGCAAACAGCGACGCAGCCGCACAGCGUUCACGGCUCAGCAGUUGGAGGCCCUGGAAAAGACCUUCCAGAAGACUCAUUACCCAGAUGUGGUGAUGCGUGAGAGGCUGGCCAUGUGCACCAACCUGCCUGAGGCCCGGGUGCAGGUGUGGUUCAAGAACCGCAGGGCCAAGUUUCGCAAGAAGCAGCGCAGCCUGCAGAAAGAACAGCUCCAGAAGCAGAAGGAGGCUGAGGGCUCCCAGGGGGAAGGCAAGACAGAGGCCCCAACCCCAGACACCCAGCUGGAGAUGGACCAGCCCUCCAGCCUGCCGGGUGGCGAUGCCCCUGCUGAGCUUCACCUGAGCCUGUCUGAGCAGUCGGCCAGUGAGUCAGCCCCUGAGGACCAGCCGGACCGUGAGGAAGACCCCAGGGCUGGGACCGAAGAUCCCAAAGCUGAGAAGAGCCCUGGGGCUGAGAGCAAGGGGCUGGGCUGCAAGAGGGGCAGCCCCAAGGCAGAUUCCCCAGGCAGCCUGGCCAUAGCUCCUGCAGCCCCAGGGGGUGGCCUUCUUGGCCCCUCCCACUCCUACUCCUCCUCCCCGCUGAGCCUCUUCCGUCUGCAGGAGCAGUUUCGCCAGCACAUGGCGGCCACUAACAACCUGGUGCACUACUCAUCGUUUGAAGUGGGGGGCCCAGCCCCUGCCGCUGCUGCCGCCGCCGCUGCUGCAGUGCCCUACCUGGGCGUCAACAUGGCCCCGCUGGGCUCACUACACUGCCAGUCCUACUACCAGUCCCUGUCAGCAGCCGCUGCUGCCCACCAGGGUGUGUGGGGAUCCCCACUGCUGCCUGCACCCCCAGCAGGCCUGGCACCUGCCUCGGCUGCCCUGAACAGUAAAACCACAAGUAUCGAGAACCUGCGGCUCAGGGCCAAGCAGCACGCAGCCUCCCUGGGACUCGAUACGCUGCCCAACUGACUGUCCGGCCUCCCACCCAGCCAGGGGUCUUGGGUGCCUCCUUCCCAGCCCCAUGGUUAUUCCCAGAAGGCUCUCUAGGAGUUAAUUUUGGGAGCCCAGGAAUCCUGGGGUCUGGAAGUCUCUCCCUGUCCCCUUCCUCAGAGCCCCAGGUGAAAACUACAUCCCUCUGCAUGGCCCUGCUUGGACCCCAUGGAGGCCAAAUGGGGAGGUGGUGAGAGGCUGG